AUGCCUGAAACCAUCAACUUGGAAUUGCGGGGCGGCGACUUUCAUGCCGAAGUUGCCACGGCCGGCAAGGGAGCUCCCCUGCUUUACCUGCACGGAGCUGUGGGACAGAAGGGAUGGGCGCCAUUCCUGGAUCUGCUUUCCCAGAGAUUCACUGUUUAUGCGCCUCUUACGCCCGGGUACGGUUCGGCCACAGGACUGGAGCACUUGGCCGACCUGACCGACCUGACGCUGUAUCACCUGGAAUUGUUGAAUGAGCUGGGCGUAACACGCGCUCACGUUGUCGGGCAUUUCCUGGGAGGGAUGAUCGCAUCUGAGAUGGCUGCUUUUUCUCCAUCGUCAAUCGACCGCCUGGUGCUGGUAUCCCCAGCGGGAGUGUGGCGCGAUGAAGAGCCAGUGGCUGACCUGCUUGCGCUGAACGCCAACGAACUCUCAGAACGUCUGGCGGCAACGCCAGGCGUUGCCGCAUCGCUGGAUGGCGUGGCUGCGGAGUUGGACAGGGACCGCAUGCAGGACAUCGCUGCCGCCGGCAAGUUCCUGUGGCCUCUCCCUGACAAGGGACUGAACCGCCGUGCAUACCGCAUCAAGGCUUCAACCCUCAUCCUCUGGGGAGAGCAGGACCGCAUCAAUCCCCCAUCCUAUGUCGACGAUUUCCGGAAAAUGAUAACCCGGUCGCAAACUGGGACGGUGGCCAACGCCGGGCACCUGCUGAUGCUGGAGCAGCCCGAAGCAUUCGCCAACGCCGUGGCAGCAUUCCUCAGUUGA